GACCGACGUCGCUGCUUUUGCAACACUGCUAAAAUGCUCCACCUCCAAUCUUUUCAUAAAAUAACAAAAAAAAUAUUGUAUCGUCUAUUUGGGAGUCCUGCGGAUAUUGAACAUAUGUAAAGCACCAUGGAGUUCUGUGCGGAACUGACUGGCCUGGACGAGGACUCCAUCGAGCCCUGCCGGACAUGCGAUUACUUUACCAUGGGCCUGGACAUGGAUCAGGCAAUUGUAAAACCCAUUUUUGGCUUGGGAGCCGCCGUCGCAAGCAUGGCGGAGAUCCUCGAGCUGAGUGCUUGGAACAUUCAGGUUGUACGGGAGGACGGACGACCGCAGUACAUGUGCAUCCCCUGCAUUACCGAGUUCGAACGGCUGCUCAAAUUCAAGCGCAGCUGCUUGGAGACCCAGGAGCAGUACGGUGAACUGGAGUACCAGCGCGAGCACAACGGCAUCGUGAUCAAGCGGGAAAUCGAUCCGGAAGAGCAGAAGUUCUGUGGAUUCAUAUACCUAGACACAGACGAAGAGGAUAUCAGCGACGAGGACGGCAGCAGGCGCGUGUGCGCCGCCUUCGACAUACCGCACGUGCCAAUCAAGGAGGAGCACAUGGCCAGGGUGCCAGUGCCGAGCGACGAUUUCCAGCCACCAGAGGCCAAUGACCUUGCGCCGCCGGUCGAGUCCGGAUUCGACAUGAUGGACCACGAUGCAUUGACCGCCAGUAUGUUUGCGGCGUCCAGCGAGGAUGCAUCUGGCACAGUCGACGAUGGCGACAACGAAGACGAUGAGGAUAUAGUCAAGUUCACAUACGACGAUGAAAGCGAUUUCACAGCCCCACUGCCGGCGCCCAUUUACUCGCCGAUUGUUUCCUGCAAGCUGUGUCUUCACGAUUCGCCCGACGAGGAGGCGCAUCUGGAGCACAUGCGUAGCACCCACCUCCUCAAAGACUGGGAGUGCCAUAUAUGCGGCAAAAGGUUCACAAAUGCCCAGGAGUCGCGCAUAAAGUUCCACAUUAAGUAUCACAAGCUGCAGAGGCAUAUAAAGUGUCCCGUCUGCGGAUUCAUCUGCAACUCAAAAGAGAGCCUCAAGGAGCACAGACAAGCCAUCCACGCUCGCACCAAGUGCACUUACUGUGGCAAGACUGUGAAAAACGCACUGCUACAAUCACAUUUGAAAAAGCAUUUAAGGGAGGGUGAGGCCGAACUAGCCGAAAAACUAAAACUCCUGGAGCAACUGCCGGUUAAUGUUUCCAGCACGGAUGCUUUUUCUCCUUCACUGUCUGCGUCUUCCCUUGAGGUCUCCUCAGAUACUGUGGUUCCUAAUUCUCUAGAAAUGAAUCUUGCCGGAGUAUCUUCACUCCUAUCCAAUGUCUCCCAAAUCAGCGAGCCUUUUGUUUCUCAGGAGUCAACUAUGCCCGAAGACUUAAAUGUUACUGAGGACUCUGAAGUAGUUGAGGACUCUAAUGCUUUUGAGGAAUCGAAAGUUCUGGAGAACACUACGAACUCUCGGCCAACUUCUUCUGCAAUCGACCCUCCAGUAGACAUUCUGUAUCCGAUGGAUCCACCUGCUCCCGUAGCCGUUCCUGUUCCACCCGCUUCUCCGCCUUCCGUGCCCAUGAUUACUGUCAUUCAGUGCGCUUUCUGUAGCGACACUUUUGAGGAGGCCCAGCAGUUACAGGCUCAUGUGCUGGCCGCCCACACGAAGACCCGAAAGAGGCCUCGGUCUCCAGAAAAUACUUUCCCAAUGAGGAAGACUAGGCAGGGUAACCUUUCUAAGAAAACUGAGCAGCAAAGCACCAACAACGAAGAAAGCUUCGCACAAGAAGACCAAAACCACAGCACCGCCCAGCAGGAGAGCAGAACUGAAGUGAGCCUUAAUGGCAGCUCCACUGCCGAGCAGGGGCCAGGGAAAUCCUACAUCUCUUGUCACGUCUGCGGCAAAUCCUUCGACUUAAAAAUUAAGCUUAAUCGACAUCUCAAGCAGCACAAUACGUUACCAUAAUAAGCAAUUUAUUUAGAACCAUUUUAAGAUGUUCAAUUCCUUCUUUGGGCUCUGAAGAGCAAAAAUUGUUCGAGAGUACUAUGAAGCUUCUUUUGAUUAUAUUUAUUUUAGGCCCAUUGAAACCAUAAAUUUACAUUUAAUUUUCUCAGUCUGAAAGCAAUUUGGUUCGCGAAGUAGUCCCAUAUGUAUUUACUUUCAAUAAAAUUAAAACUAGCCUGCAUGCAGGUGAAUAAAUGAAACUAAAA